GGGCCCCAGCGAGUCCCGAGCUCCAGAGCCACUGAAGUUUCUGCUGCGCCAGCGCUGGGGCCCACGGUGUCGCUCAGCCCGGGCUGAAAGAGCCAAGGGUUGACUCCAAACUUGAAGAGUUGAUGGAUCUCACAUCAAGAGUUCUGUAGCCUGAUCUAAGCUGGUGAUGGCCCCGCUGGUUGCUGUUGUAUCCAGUCCACGUGCCCGGCUCUUUGCCUGUUUCCUCAGGCUGGGCACUCAGCAGGCUGGACCCCUCCAGCUGCACACGGGGGCCUGCUGCACAGCCAAGAACCACUAUGAGGUGCUGGUGCUUGGCGGGGGCAGUGGGGGAAUCACCAUGGCCACUCGUAUGAAGAGGAAAGUGGGAGCAGAGAAUGUGGCCAUUGUUGAACCCAGCGAGAGACACUUCUAUCAGCCAAUAUGGACGUUAGUGGGUGCUGGUGCCAAACAGUUGUCCUUAUCCGGCCGUUCUACAGCAAGUGUGAUUCCAUCUGGUGUGGAGUGGAUUCAAGACAGAGUGGCUGAGCUGAACCCAGACAAGAACCAUAUCCGCACAGACAAUGGCAAGGAGAUCUCCUACAAGUAUCUUAUCAUCGCUCUUGGAAUCCAGCUGGACUAUGAGAAGAUUAAAGGACUGCCUGAAGGUUUUGCUUAUCCCAAGAUAGGGUCCAAUUAUUCAGUGAAGACGGUGGAGAAGACAUGGAAGGCCCUGCAGGACUUCAAGGAGGGCAAUGCGAUUUUCACCUUCCCCAACACUCCAGUGAAGUGUGCGGGCGCCCCCCAGAAGAUCAUGUACCUGUCAGAAGCCUACUUCAGGAAGACUGGAAAGCGACCCAAGGCCAAUAUCAUCUUCAACACUGCUCUUGGAACAAUCUUUGGGGUGAAGAAGUAUGCAGCUGCCUUGCAGGAGAUCAUCCAGGAGAGGGACCUCACUGUGAACUAUAAGCACAACCUUAUUGAAGUUCGAGCUGACAAACAGGAGGCUGUUUUUGAGAACCUGGACAAGCCUGGGGAGACAAAAGUAAUUCAGUAUGAAAUGCUUCAUGUCACACCACCUAUGAGCCCACCAGAUGUCCUCAAGACAAGUCCUGUGGCAGAUUCUGCUGGCUGGGUGGACGUGGACAAAGAGACUCUGCAGCAUAAGAAAUACCCAAAUGUGUUUGGCAUUGGGGACUGCACCAACCUUCCCACCUCCAAGACAGCUGCUGCAGUAGCUGCCCAGUCAGGAAUCCUUGACAGAACAAUUUCUCUGAUUUUGAAGAAUCAAAAGCCCACAAAAAAGUAUGAUGGCUACACCUCAUGUCCACUGGUGACCGGCUAUAACCGGGUGAUUCUUGCCGAGUUUGACUACAGAGGCGAGCCUCUGGAAACCUUCCCCUUCGAUCAGGGUAAAGAACGACUUUCUAUGUACCUCAUGAAGGCUGACCUGAUGCCGUUCCUGUACUGGAAUAUGAUGCUAAGAGGCUACUGGGGAGGUCCAGCCUUUCUGCGGAAGCUAUUUCAUCUGGGCAUGAGUUAAGGAUGGCUCAGAGCUUGCUCUCCUUGGAUGGCUUCCAGACCAAAAUCGCAGUUACUGAUUGACUGUGAAGGACACGAAGGACUCAGAACCUCGCCCUGUAAGGAGAUUUUCUUACUACUUACAGGAGUAAGGAGAUAUGGUGACCUCUCUUGACCUCUGAGUAGCUAUCAUGUGGACGGCCCAGAAUGAGCUUGAUUCUUUGGAGAUAGUCAAAUGAAAUAACAGACUUCUAUUUUCUGAAUAAAACGUUGUCAUUGAUUGACUUGAA